AUGGCGAUCUGGAAGCGCAAGAUUGCCAUCUCGGACAAUACGGUCACGACGGCCUGGCAGCUCACCACAAGGCGAUCGCUGGUGCCGAAUUUGCUUGUCACCAUCCUCUUCUUCCUCUGGGGCUUCGCCUACGGUCUUCUCGAUGUCCUCAAUUCGCACUUCCAGCAGUCCCUCAACCUCACCCACGCCCAGUCGGCCGCGCUAUCAACUGCCUAUUUCGGGGCCUAUCUCUUCUGCCCGCCCACGAUCUCGGGCUGGAUCCUGCGCCGAAGCGGAUUCCGCGUCACCUUCAUGACGGGGCUGGCCGUGCUUGCCGUCGGCUGUCUGCUGUUCUGGCCUUCGGGGCUCGAGAAGAGCUUCGCCGGGUUCUGCGGCUCGAUGUUCGUCGUUGGUGCCGGCCUGUCGACUCUAGAAACUGCUGCCGACCCCUUCCUCGCCAUCUGUGGACCACCCAAGUACUCCGAGAUCCGGCUCAACCUCGCGCAAGCCAUUCAGGGCGUGGGGUCCUUCGUAGCGCCCCUCCUGGCCGGCCGGGUCUUCUUUGCCAAUACGCUCAACACCAACGAGGGGCUAAAGAACGUCCAAUGGGUCUACUUGGGAGUUGCAUGCUUUGUGGGCCUGUUGAUCCUGCUCUUCUUCUUUGCGCCGAUGCCCGAGAUCACCGAUGCCGACAUGGGCGUCCAGGAAAGGGAGAUCGGGGAAUAUGAUCCUGGCCCGCUGCGGAAGCAGUAUAACUUGUUCCUCGCCGUCUGGUCGCAGUUCUGCUAUGUGGGGGCACAGGUUGCCGUUGCCAACUAUUUCAUCAAUUUCGUCCAGGAGACUGGCCUGUCCAAGGCCAUAGCUUCCGAUCUUCUUGCUGUUGGUCAGGGACUAUAUGCGCUGAACAGAUUCGUAGCCGGGUUCCUCAUGAUGAAGCCACGGUUCAAACCUCGAUACAUACUCGGGGUAUACUUGGGAUUAUGCUUCGUGUUCAUUGUGCCCGCAAUAACCACCAGCGGCACAUGUUCCAUUGCGAUGUUGAUGCUGGUCUUGUCUUUCGAAUCGGUGAGCAAGCCGUUUUCGCGAAACCUGACUUCGGAGCACGUGGCAGCUGACACCAGUCUACAGGCAUGUUUCGCGACGAUAUUCACCCUCGGCCUGCGCGGAUUGGGGCGACAUACCAAGAUCGGUGGCAGUCUCCUGGUCGCUGCGAUCAGCGGUGGUAUGGUCUUCCCGGCAGCGACCGGCGCCGUUGUUGACCGCAGGAAUGCGCACGCUGCCAUGGCAGUCCCUAUGGCUGGGUAUAUCUUAGCUUGGAUAUAUCCGGUAUACGUCAACGUUUGGAACCGCGAGACUAUGGACGUUCGCCGCACUACGAACGUAGGCAUCUACCGAGAUGACAAAGGAGACCUCCGGCUCACACAGCAUCCGUCGCAUGUCACUGCUAAGCCCUCUACCUCGGACACGACAGCGUAG